GCUGCCCUGCCUGCACUUCGUUCAUCACUGCUUGUUAAGCAAAAUUUCCAGGGAUCCAUAUCCUACACCCAUAUUUUAAGACGCUACCUACCUAAUGUAAAAGCAGUGGGCUCGCUGAUCGAGAUAUACGUACAUAAUUACGUUGCAUAUCGCCCUGAGGGUGUCGUCGGUCUCAACGAAAAACGGCCCGGGUACUACAUCGGGCUAGUAAACGCCGCUCGGGAAAAGUCAAUCACGCCUGGCAAGGCCAGCGGA